AUGAGAUUACUCACUGCCCUUGCCGGCCUCAUCGCGGGGGUCACUGCUCUCACUCCCCAAUCCAACUUGCCAUCAGCCCAAUCUAUCCUGAAAGACAGUCAAGCACAAUCGCGCAAACCAAAUAUCCUCUUGGUGAUCACCGACGACCAAGACCUCCAACUGGAUUCCAUAUCCUAUACCCCCCUGAUCUCAAAACACAUUCGCGACCAGGGCACUUUUUUCCGCAACCAUUUUGUCACCACAGCCCUGUGCUGUCCGUCGCGCGUGAGUCUGUGGACCGGUCGCCAGGCACACAACACCAAUGUAACCGAUGUUAAUCCGCCCUACGGUGGAUAUCCCAAAUUUGUCGAGCGCGGGUUCAAUGAUGAUUUCCUCCCGCUCUGGCUGCAAGGGGCGGGCUAUGAUACGUAUUACACUGGCAAAAUGUUCAACGCACAUACCGUAGACAACUACCAUAGCCCGCACAUCAAUGGGUUCAAUGGAUCGGAUUUCCUUCUCGAUCCUUAUACGUAUUCGUACCUUAAUUCGACUUAUCAGCGAAACCACGAACCACCGGUCAGCCAUGAGGGUGAACAUACCAUCGACGUGAUCACGGGAAAAGCACUGGGCUUCCUCGAUGAUGCCUUGGCCGGGGAGAGGCCCUUCUUCCUGGCGGUGUCGCCCGUCGCGCCGCACUCAAAUAUUGACCCCGGCAAUGUCGCUUCAGGGAAGACCUACAUGUCUGCACCCAUCCCCCUCCAACGACACACGCAUUUAUUCCAGGAUGUCACGGUGCCUCGCACGGCAAAUUUCAAUCCGGACCAGCCAAGUGGAGUCAGCUGGGUUCAUGAUCUGCCUCUGCAGAAUCAAUCGGUGGUCGACUACCACGAUCACUUUUAUCGUUCCCGUCUGCGCGCCCUUCAAGGUGUGGAUGAAUUAGUGGAUGGGCUUGUCACUCGCCUUGAAAAGAGUGGUCAGCUGGAUCAUACGUAUAUCAUCUAUACCUCGGAUAAUGGGUUCCACAUUGGCCAGCACAGACUGCCACCCGGGAAGACUUGCGGGUUUGAGGAGGAUAUUCGGGUCCCCUUGUUCAUUCGGGGCCCUGGAGUUGCCAAGGGAGAUGUACAGGAUGCGGUGACUACUCAUGUGGACUUGGCACCGACCUUGUUCCAUCUUGCGGGUAUUCCGACCAGGGAUGAUUUCGAUGGUACAGCCAUUCCUGUGAUGCCCGGGUUUGGUGGUGAGCGGCAUGAACAUGUGACCGUGGAAUAUUGGGGUUCUGCGGUGGUCGAAGGUGCUUAUAGUGGUCUUGGCCCCGGAGGCUCGACCCUCAUCCCGAACAACACCUACAAAUCCGUGCGCUUGCUUGGAGAAGGCUACAAUCUGUACUACUCGGUCUGGUGCAACAAUGAACACGAACUGUACGAUCUCUCGACCGAUCCGUACCAGCUGAACAAUCUGUACCCGACGACAUUCCAGGGGGACUGUGAGGCUCCCCACAUUCUCGGUCGCACCUUAUCCCAGACUCUCAGUCGACUCGACGCUCUUUUGAUGGUCCUCAAGUCGUGUCAGGGUAUGACUUGCAUCGAGCCUUGGGAUGUUCUCCAACCGGUAGACCCAGUGAGUACGCUCAAAGAUGCUUUACAUCCACAAUAUGAUGGCUUCUAUGGCGCACAGCCUCGGGUCUCCUUUGACUGGUGUGAUGCGGGAUACAUCGUGGACGCCGAAGGUCCCCAAGUGCCGUUAACUAGUCGAUAUGGCGUGUCUUGGGAUGUAUGGGUAUAA